UUGCAGUCUUAUUAUCUCCUGAGUUGCUUUUACAACAGGUCAGAGGUGUAGGAAUGGAGUGUGUUGAUCCACUCAACCCUCGUCCACAGCUACUUGUAAGUACCUUAUGCCUCAGACACAAUACUCAACUUACCUCUCUCUCUCUCUCUCUCUCUCUCUCUCUGUGUGUGUGUGUCUCAUGUCCAAAAGGGACGAUUGCAGACCAGAGUGCAUGUGGGCUGUCCUCCAGGCCUGUCUCUAGUGUUUGAUCACGUCGCCACCCAGGCCAGAGACAACCAGUUCUGCACUACCACCAACAACAUCAGCUGCUACUACUUUGGAAAUGAUGAGUGUCACUUUCUUUCUUCUCCCUGCAU